AUGCAUCUACAUUUUGAAAGGAAUGUCAAUGCUAAAUGCGAUUGCUCGAUACUGUCGUUGUCGUGGAUGGGAAAGGUACCUGAUGAACUGCCAGAGGAGGAAGGCUGGAAGCUGAACCGAAACAACUACUACCAAGAAGGGUGGCUGGCGACUGGCAACGUUCGCGGCGUUGUGGGGGUAACAUUUACGUCAUCACAUGCGCGACGACCCCACGAGUUACCUCUGCGAACGAAUUACAAUCUUCGAGGCCAUAGAUCGGAUGUUAUAUUGGUGAAAUGGAACGAACCCUACCAAAAGUUGGCGUCAUGCGAUAGUUCCGGAGUUAUCUUUGUAUGGAUCAAGUAUGAAGGCCGGUGGAGUAUCGAGCUGAUCAAUGACAGGAGUACACCCGUCACCCACUUCUCAUGGUCACAUGAUGGACGGAUGGCACUUAUCUGUUACCAGGAUGGCUUUGUCCUGGUGGGUUCUGUGGCGGGUCAGCGGUACUGGUCAUCCAUGUUAUCGUUGGAUGCAAGGAUCACUUGUGGAUGCUGGACACCUGACGAUAGCCAGGUUUAUUUGGGCACCGCCUCUGCGCAGCUUGUUGUCAUGGAUGUCCAUGGAGCAAUGGUUUCGCAGGUGCAACUAGUCGCUGAAGGUGGGAUCAUUUCCAUGGCGUGGUCUUGUGAGAAGUUUAAAAUGGAAGAAGGGGAGGAGACAACGGAAACUAACGGGGGUCACGUUCUAGCUGUAGCUCUUGGUAGUGGAGACAUUGUUUUAAUGCGGGGGCAUGAUGAUGUAAGCCCUAUUCGGAUUAGCACAGGAUUAAGGGGCAAUACGCUGGCUAUGGAAUGGGCUAAUUCUAGAGAGCUGCUGGCCGUCGCUGGGACCCUGGUACCUGAAAGCGGCGAAUUGGAAGACACACCGCCUUUCAAAAAUAUUUUAAAGUUCUACUCAGACACAGGGACUCUUAUCUACACAGUGCCUAUACCUUACACACAGGCGCGAGUGACAUCGCUCACAUGGGGUCACGCAGCGCGGCGUCUAUUCGUAAGUGCGGGGGGAGCGGUUUGCACUGCGCGGGUAUGGCGCGUUGUGGCACCGCUUCAACUCCUUGCAAGAGUUCGUGCUGCUGCAGCUUUGAGGCAUCCCAGACUGGCUGCAAAACUCCCAUUACCCCCAAAACUUCAACCCGCAUUGGCUAGUCUCUUCGCACACACUAUUCGGUGUAACGUACCAGAAACAAGUGAGUUACGUCGUUUUGUAUCACGGCCGCCAUCGGCUGGUGGUCGACUACAUUGCACCAUGUUGAGACAUGAUGAUGAAGAGGCUGGAGCCUACACUUUGUAUUUGGAACAUUUAGGCGGGUUGGUGCCUUUACUAAAAGGGCGACGAACAAGCAAGAUUAGACCGGAGUUUGUUAUUUUUGAUCCGCAAGCUGAAGAGGGUACCAUACCAGUAACCCGUGAAUCGAGUAGUAGUAGUGCGGGUAGUUCAUCAAGUGGUAGCGCGCCCUCCCCCCGCGCGCCUAACACGCCUCGCACUCGCCGCGCAAGACUCUCGCAAGAGGACUCUUGUUCUUCUGAUACUGAAAGGGAAGAGGGUUGUUCGGGAUCACCGCGAUUGCAGCGACGGCGUCGUGCCCGUGAACGGCGCAAAUCCCGGAAUUCAACUGAUAAAGAUGAAACUCCAGAUGAGCUUGCCUAUAUUGAUUCAUUGCCAGAGGAUGUUCGAUUAGUGGAGGUUACAUCGAAUAUUUGGGGGACAAAGUUUAAAAUGCACGGCCUCGCUAAAAACGUUCCCGCAAAUCUAGGACAAGUCACUUACAAAACUUCUCUAUUACAUUUGCAGCCGCGGCAAAUGACUUUAACGAUUACGGAACUAAGGGAUGACUAUCCUGUUGGACCCGACCCUAAUUUUAACCCCAACAUAUUUUCCGAGGACGAGGAAGAUGUGUUUCAAUCUAGUGACAAUAAUUCACCUAUUCAUUCGAAUAAUAAUAUUAGGAGAAAGUUCAACCCUUCAAUUCUUAGUGAACGAACUGGAAACCCGACAAUAACGCAAGCGGAUACGUCCAACAAUAACACACCGAACCCAACCAUAGCUAGGGCAGAAUCCUAUGAAGAAUUUCCUUUUAUUGAUACGAGUGAUACUAUGAAUAACGUACCAGAAAACGUUUACGCAACGCCUAUAAGGCACGCGCCUCAAGCUACUGAAAGAAGAGUGAAUAACCCUACAACCUUGCCGAAUAGACACGCUAUAUCUCCUCUAAGAUGUGAAAGUUCUGUCCCUACUCUACAGUCUCCCAAAAACGCGGUAGCCCCAACCGAUAUUAUUUUUGAAAGACCUUCCCCUCAGGCGGUUACAUGCGGCGGUAGAGGAGAUUUUUAUGGCGGUAGAACUGACUAUAGUGUCCGAGGUGACAACGUAUCUCUUAAAGGGAAUUUGUCAAAUAAUGAACACCAAAGCUUUAAUUUAAACUUAAGCUUAGAACCUAGCAGACAAGUAACUAUUAAGAAAUGUGAUAACCACGUAACUGAUAACUGUCUAUCUAAAAUACGGAAAAACAUUUGCAGUAGAGGCGAAUCCGCGUCGUUUGAAAUGAACACUAGGAUAUUAAAAUCGCUAUGUAAUAAGAAUUUUGAGCAUGAAGUCCAUCCAGAUGCGAUGUGUAAGAGAAAUGAGACUUUGAAGAAUUUGCAGAAAGGAGAAGAUCUGAAAUACAUUGACGAGGAGACGCCAGUUGAUACGACCAUUAAUAAUAUUACGGAAAAGCCAAGAGAAGAGAGAAGAGUUCAGAGGACCACCACAGUUGUCCCCAUUAGUCCUGUCUGUGCAAAUGUUCCAAUGUACGAUACUAUGACACGAAGUUGUAGUGUCGGCUACUUAGACUUAGUGGACCCACAAGUUCUCCAUGCUCAGGUGAGCUUAUCUGCCUUAAGAGGGGAACCGCCUCGCCGCCUCAUACUUGUUAACAACAAACGGCACAGAAGACCGAGAAGAUACUUUAAGAACGACAUGAAAGCUGUUGAAACAACAAAAAUGACUUUGAAAAAAUGUGGAAAAUCACGCAGCUUGGACUCCAGUGAGCUAUCAAUUACCGCCGAUAAGGGCAAGAAAAAGAGCGACUUGAACUCGAAGGUAGAGGAAUCGCAUUCAAGCCGGUGCAAUAGUGAAGACAAUAGCGGAACAAGUACGGAGGAAGGGAAGGGACGAAGGUCGCGAAGGGACUACCCGGUGUGCACAGUGUGUAGGCUCGUGUCUCCGUAUGAUAAGAGAGAUGUGGAAACGGAUACAUAUGUGUGCGUGGCGUGUAGUACUCGUGCGACGCCCGUUGCACCGCCCGCUCCGCCGCCGCUUACUGACAGUGACUCCGAUUACAGCAAGUAUUAUAGUUCCUUAGAACAAUUAGCGCUACGACUUUUGGCGUCCCGCGGCGGGCGAAGCACCAGUUCAGGCGUGGUGCGCGAGAGCAGCUCCGCCCCUACUUCCCCUCGCCCCGCGCGUUCCGCCCCUGCGCCCGCUUCUGCUGCUUCGCCCGCUCCAAGGCAACGCAGACAUAGAUAUUCGUCUGCUUCUCCUAUAAGGCAACUUUUGAAUUCACCGUUACUGAAUCGCAGGCGAAACAAGAAACUAUCAGAGAGUUCUGACGACGAGGUACCAAACGGUUACAAUGAAAUCAAUAGCAAGAACUUCAGGGAUUUAGAGAGUUUUCAAAAAGCACAAUUAAGAAAUAAGAUAAAGCGUGCAGGUGGCAACAUUCCCGCCUCUAACGACCGCAGCGCACGUCGUCAGUUAGUGAUGCACAAUAAGGCGCCAAUGUGGAAUGAGAAUAGCCAAGUGUACCAACUAGAUUUUGGUGGCCGAGUCACGCAGGAAUCCGCUAAGAACUUCCAAAUUGAAUACCAUGGGAAACAGGUGAUGCAAUUUGGCCGUAUCGACGGCAACGCAUACACUCUAGACUUUCAAUAUCCGUUCUCCGCAUUACAAGCAUUCGCCGUAGCGCUAGCAAAUGUGACACAAAGACUCAAAUGA